CAGCUCCUGCACACAGCUUUGUAUGGCUCUGCUAUGCAGAGCCAUACAAAGCAGUGUGCUUACAGUGAAACACACACGGCCCACAUAUCAAAAACAGCACUCAGUUAACCCUUUGCUUGCCCCACAUGUUAACCCCUUCCUGCCCAGUGCCAUUAGUACAGUGUCAGGAGGUUAAUUAGCACUGAUCACUGUAUUGGUGUCAUUGGGGAUGUCAGUGACACCAAGUCAGUUCCCCCCAGUGUCAGAAUGCCCGCCACAGUCCCGCUAUAAAUCACUGAUUGCCGCCAUUACUAGUAAAAAAAAAAAUUCCAGUAUAUAUACUGCCAUUUGUAAACACUAUAACUUUCACGUAAACCAAUUAAUU